ACAGAAGCAAUCACUUGGUAGCACUAGUAACCAAGCAAUUUGAUAAUAAGAUACCUAAUACUUAGAAUCUAUUCAGAACAUUGUUAGUACCUCCUUGUCCAUCUCGAAGGAGGGGGAUUCCACAUCUACUAUGAAGGGGGAUCAAGAAGUACAAGUCAUUGUUCAGCAGGGAAAAGAACCAAUUCCAACAGAUCAAGACGAAAGAAGUUCGGUCAGUGGCAGCCAAACAAAACUAUCUCACUCUAAUACAUACAAACGGUGGCUCCGGGUUGCUAUCUAUACAUUCUUUGUCAUUUCAGGCCAAUCAGUUGCUACAAUUCUGGGCAGACUAUACUAUGAAAAUGGAGGAAACAGCAAAUGGCUAGCAACGGUAGUUCAGCUUGUAGGCUUUCCUAUUCUACUUCCAUAUCAUCUCUUGUCAGUCAAAACACAUACAACAACUCAGAGAGAUGGCAAAUUAACCUCACUUAGGAACCGUGCAUUAGUUUACAUAGUGCUUGGACUUCUUGUAGGAGCAGCUUGCUACCUAUAUUCCAUUGGACUGCUUUACCUACCUGUUUCUACCCUUUCCCUGAUCUGUGCAUCACAGUUAGCCUUCACCGCUUUCUUCUCUUAUUUACUCAACUCACAAAAACUUACUCCUAUCAUUUUGAAUUCUCUUUUCCUCCUCACUAUAUCUUCCACCCUCCUUGCAUUUAAUAACGAGGAAUCAGAUUCCAAAAAAGUUACAAAAGGAGAGUAUGUCAAAGGUUUCGUAUGCACCGUUGGUGCAUCUGCUGGGUUUGGUCUACUCUUAUCCCUACAACAGCUAGCCUUUCGUAAAGUUUUAAAGAAGCAAACUUUCUCAGAAGUUAUAAAUAUGAUAAUCUACAUGAGUCUAGUGGCCAGUUGUGUUAGCGUGGUGGGGCUUUUUGCUAGUAGCGAGUGGAAAACUUUGAGCAGUGAAAUGGAAAACUACAAACUUGGGAAGGUAUCCUAUGUCAUGAACCUAGUGUGGACAGCUGUUACCUGGCAGGUAUUCUCCAUCGGUUGCACAGGACUGAUCUUCGAGCUUUCCUCCCUAUUCUCAAAUGCAAUAAGCGCUUUGGGACUCCCCGUGGUUCCUAUCCUGGCUGUCAUCAUUUUCCAUGACAAAAUGAACGGCUUAAAGGUGAUUUCUAUGAUUCUAGCUAUUUGGGGUUUCGUAUCCUAUGUCUACCAACAAUAUCUUGAUGAAACAAACUUGAAGAAAAGUAAUGAAAUACCAACAACAGAAUCCCCUGACCGACCAGAAGCAGAAGGGUCAAGUGAGCAAUCAAAAUAAGCUGUUACUUCAAAGAUUGUGGCACACACAGUUUACAGACUAAAGCGAGCUGAUCAAGUAAACUUACUUUUCUUUAUUGGUAUGAAGGCAGCCUACAAUGAAAAAUAAACAUAAUAGAUUUGUGAUGCGACUCAAGUGAAGUCACAGCCUGAAAAUGUGUGCAUCAUUGUAACAUGAAGUAUAUUUUAUUUAAAUAUAUGUUGUGCACGAUUCUGGUUUAGUUUGGAAUAAGAUGACCAAAAUCACAUUAUAA